UUGCAGAAAUUGCAUGGAUGUAUACAACCACGGCAAUCACAAGAGCGGCGUGUACAUUAUAUAUCCCUACACGGACUGCCUCGACCCCGUUAACGUGUACUGCGACAUGGACACCGACGGCGGUGGGUGGGCGGUCAUCCAGAGACGCCGCGACAUUACGCCGAGGAUCGAAUUCAACCGCACGUAUGACGAAUACGCGCGAGGCUUCGGGGACGUUGCAAAAGGAGAGUUUUGGCUCGGGAACGAGUACAUCCACACCCUCACGAACCAACGAGCUCCGGGUCGAUCUAGAGGACGUCAUCGGCGGAUCUGGGUGGGCCAAGUACAGCAGAUUCAAGUUGGACGACAGGGACAAUUUCACUUCUUUGACCCUGUCGGGGUUCAGCGGGAACGUGACUGACACCUUCGGUUAUCACCGGGGCUACAAGUUCUCAGGAAAUGAUAGCGGCGGUACUGGGGGAAACUGUUCUUUAAAGCAUGGCGCCGGCUGGUGGUUUCAUACCUGUUACCAUGCUUGCCUCAACAAAAAAAUGUAUCAUAUGAAGUGGAGUGUGUCUGGCCAGUCCUUGAAUGGUACAACCCUCUUAAUUCGACCCGUCAUCAUUGAUAUAUGAGUAAACAAAAAUUGUUAAGGUGAAU